AUGCCUAUUUCCAUUAAAACCCUUCGUGCAUUCACAGAUGGAAUACCUUGGGUGAAGAUAUUUAAGAAAGCUGAAAAUACGAUGUUCGAAAUCAGUGUUAACUCCACACUCUCUCGCUCUAUUUGCCAGAGCCCCACCUGGAGUGCACUAGUCCAGAUUAGGAUAGCGGUCCGCCCAGAUCACACCAACCAGUGUACUUUGAUAAACUACGGUAAAUUACUACAAUUUCAUUACUAA